CAGACACCACGAGUUGCGUUGGAGAAAGAUGCCGUGGACGUGCACUUGAAGACCCAAUCCUACAUACAGAAGUUGUAAAUGCCACAUGUCACCAUGAUUAUAAAGAAGAAGCUAGAAGCUAGAAGCACCUUCGACCCGAUAUGUUGGAUAUAGUCUUGUUAGAGUCAAGCACGCAUCAAGCAGCUGUUGACUCCUUGGUCAGUCCCUCUUUCUCAGACAACUCUUCGUUUUAUACUGGACAUCAUCCAGUUUUCACCUCAAAUAGGCCUAGUAAGUUGCAGAACAUGACGUGGACUCUCGACGACGUUUUCCCCCAAAGGACCCACAUCAUCACAUCCCUUUUGAGCGGACAGUGCCGCGCCAGCUCGGACCCGGGCGUCGCGUCGGCGCGGGCGCGGGCGGUGCGUCGGCCUUGGAGACGGUCUGUGCGUCGACGGGGCGACGGCCAGCGGUUCACCACCGCCAUGCGAGCGCAGCUGGGGGCCUGUGUCAUUGUGCUGCCCUUUUUCCUGGGCUUCGUGAACUUCAGCACCCCGCCGCCUCCUGCGAGGAGCACAGAGAUAGAAGUUGAUGGAGCACAGUACAUUCCCUUGAAGGUCGCAAGCUUCGCCAUGGGCGCAUUAAAGCCCUUCUUCCAGGUGCAGGCCUCCGUUCAAGCGGGGCGAUACGACAAGUGGGAUGUGCGGAAAGAGAUCGAGGAAGAAAUCAAGUCAGCGCCUGUGGUGAUCUACACCUACGACUGGUCCCCCUUUUCGGCAGAGGCCAAGAAGGUCUUGGAUUCCAUGGGGGCAGACUACAGAGAGGUGUCGCUGGGCGCUGAAUGGUUCCUAGCGUCGCCUCAGCAGGCAGCAAAGCGGGCAGAGCUCGGGAAUCUCUACGGGCGGACCAGCAUGCCCCACAUCUUCAUCGGUGGGCGUAGUG